AUGUACCAAGGAAUAUGUGUACCGAACUUUCCCGGUUAUUGCAGCAAUACCUAUCGUCAACUUAUUGCCAAAAGCUUGAGCCCUCCUGUCCUCGGAUAUUGGAAGUGGGAGGCUCUCUGGGGCAAGUUCACGACUAAUUUCGAUCCUGUGAAGGAGGACAACAUCAUGGUCACCGGCUUCUUCCUGCAGGCUGUUGCGUUAUACACGGCCAAUACAGGAGACAUGCGCUACACAAAGCUUGUUUCGUUGGCAUUUGGGGUCAGCAAAGGCCGAGUUUACGAUUACGAUAUUCACAGCCUUUCGAACGCCGUGUUCAUGGAGCCAGAUGGCUCAAUUAUUCCGAUCCGUUCCGGGAUUACUGGGUUCACAAUUCCAGGCCUUAUUGAUCCGGGUAACUACAGAACCUGUCCUUAUUCCAUGACCCAUGCAAUCGCCCAUACCGCUGGUGAGUUUGGAGACGAGCAGAUACGCAAGAAGGCUCUGGAAAAGCUGCAUCUUGAAAUGAACCCGUUGGUAGCGAAGACCGGUGUCAUCCACUGGCCACUGGAAAAAGCAUCCUCGCACACCAAGACGGCCACCGUCAAAGCCAUGUUACUUCGCAAGGAAGACUGGAAAUCCCUGAUCAUGAGGGGACCAGAUGAGACAACCUUGAAAGGCCCCAUCUUAGAUCAAGUUCCUUACCCAGGAGUACUCGUCGCAAAGGCGCGCUCCAAUACCUCGCACGAUCUCCACUUGCUUCUGUAUCCUUCCGCCGCAUCCGAAGAAAGACAUUGCUUUCGACUGACACUCAUGGAGUCGCCACAGGAUGGACGCACGAGCGUAACCAUCGAGCCAGCGGUUAAAUAA